AUGGAUCACAAGUGUUGGGAAAGGCCUGAAGAUAUGGACACUCCACGCAAUGUGUAUAAGGUAUCAGCUCAAAACCCAGGAUCAGAUGUAGCAGCAGAGACGGCAGCUGCACUGGCAGCUUCUUCAAUAGUAUUCAGAGAUUCGGAUCCAACAUACUCCUCCAAAUUACUUCAAGCAGCCAUCAAAGUAUUCAAUUUUGCAGACCGUUACAGGGGUUCUUACAGUGAUUCUCUUGGUUCUGUUGUCUGUCCUUUCUACUGCUCUUACUCUGGAUACCAUGAUGAACUUCUGUGGGGUGCAUCGUGGAUUUAUAAAGCUUCGGGAACUAGCUCAUACAUGCAAUAUAUACGAUCCAAUGGCCACACUUUAGGUGCUGAUGAUGAUGGUUUCUCCUUCAGCUGGGAUGACAAGCGACCUGGAACCAAAAUCCUCCUUUCCAAAGAAUUCUUGGAGAAAAACUCAGAAGACUUCCAAUUAUACAAGGCACAUUCAGAUAAUUACAUUUGCUCGCUAAUGUCGGGAACACCCGGUUUCCAGGCUCAGUACACCAGAGGGGGGCUUCUGUUCAAGGGAAGCGAGAGCAAUUUGCAGUAUGUAACGUCCACAAGUUUCCUUCUGUUGACGUACGCUAAGUAUCUUUCAGCAAACGGGGGCGUUGUCCGAUGUGGGAGUUCAACAGUCACGGGUGAAAACCUCGUAAAACUAGCCAAAACACAAGUUGACUACAUUCUGGGCAAUAAUCCAACAAAGAUGUCUUAUAUGGUGGGUUUUGGGGAGAGGUAUCCAAAGCAUAUCCACCACAGGGGUUCCUCUCUACCUUCCAUUCGUGACAGGACUCAGCACAUUUCCUGCAAUGAGGGGUUUCAGUAUCUGUAUGCAGGCUCUCCCAAUCCAAAUGUGCUUGUUGGAGCCAUAGUAGGUGGUCCUGACAGCAAUGACAACUUCUCCGAUGAUCGAAAUAACUAUCAGCAGUCAGAGCCAGCAACAUACAUCAAUGCACCGUUUGUAGGUGCUGUUGCUUAUUUCUCUGCCAAACCACCAACCCAUGGUUAG